ACUGUGUUAAUAAAGGUUAUUUAAAUCCAAUAUGGCGGCGCCUACAGUGCAGUCGUGAGCCAGGAAAACAGGUCGUUUACAACGGUUUUUAAGGCUGGUUGGGAUGUUUUCUUUAACACGGACUGAUGUGUUCUGUUAUUGCGAGCACAGCGCGGAAAUAAAGGAGUAGGAAAUAAAACGACACAAUCAUGCGGGUGUCGGUGAGAAGGCUGGCGCUGUAUCCCCUGUUUGCAGCCCAAAGGAGGGGAGCCCUCCUGAGUCCAUUUCUGCACCAAAUUUCACCCAGGAGCCGCACCCUGUUCAGUGAGACGGGCGUGUGGGAGAAGGACUAUCGAACAGAGACCAGACGCAAAGUGGAAGAAUGGUGGCACCCGCGAAUUAUGGCGCAGUGGCGGAAGGAUGCACUGGAGGAGAGUCCCCACAAGAAGAAGUUUUAUGUCCUCUCUAUGUUUCCGUACCCAUCAGGGCGACUGCAUAUGGGCCAUGUGCGAGUGUAUACCAUCAGUGACACCAUUGGUCAUUUCCAAAAAAUGAGAGGGCAUCAGGUCUUAAAUCCAAUGGGCUGGGAUGCCUUUGGACUUCCAGCUGAGAAUGCAGCCAUAGAGAGGGGGCUUGACCCAGAAGACUGGACUAAAAGUAACAUACAGUCUAUGCGGGAGCAGCUGGACACUCUCGGGCUUUGCUUCAACUGGGACCGGGAAGUGACCACUUGCCUCCCAGACUACUACAGGUGGACGCAGUAUCUAUUUAUCAAGCUCUUUGAAGCAGGACUGGCAUACCAAAAAGAGGCUGUGGUGAACUGGGACCCUGUUGAUCAGACGGUGCUGGCUGAUGAACAGGUGGAUGAAAAUGGGCACUCCUGGAGGUCUGGAGCUCUGGUGGAGCAGAAGCUACUCACACAAUGGUUCAUCAAGACUACAAACUAUGCCAAGCCCCUUCUUGACGCCCUGCAGGACCUUCCAGAGUGGUACGGGGUCAAAGCCAUGCAGGCAAACUGGAUUGGAGAGUGUACUGGAUGCUACUUCGAUUUCAAACUGAAGGUGAAUGGGAAGGAAACAGGAGAGACCCUGUCAGCCUACAGCUCCUCCCCGGAGACGGUGUACGGAGCUGCUUACCUGGCCAUCCUGCCCUCCCACAGACUGCUGCACGGCAGUAGCUCAGUGCGCUCCGCUCUGCAGGAAGCCUUUCAGCCAGGCAGAGACUCCCUGACAGACAUCACAGCUCACAACCUGUUCACCGGCCGUGAGGUUCCCCUGGUCAUCUCACACAAGGAGACUUUUGAUGACUAUCUGGAUACCGUGGUUGGUGUCCCAGACUGUAAUGAAGAGGAUCUGUCUGUAGCUAGAGCUCUGAAUCUGAGCUGGACAUCAGUGCUGAAAACUCAUGAAGAUGGGACACAAACCCUCAUCAACUCUGAGGAGUUCUCAGGUCUUACCAGAGAGCAAGCCUUUAACUCUAUUACCCAGAAGGCCAAAGAACAGAAGGUUGGAGGCUACCUAACCAGCUCCAAGCUCAGAGAUUGGUUGAUAUCCAGACAGCGAUACUGGGGCACACCCAUCCCUGUGGUGCACUGCGGGUCAUGCGGUCCGGUUGCAGUCCCUGAGGAGGAGUUACCAGUUACUCUGCCAAAGCUGCCAUCGAUUACAGGAAAAGGGGCGUCGCCUCUAGAAGCGGCACAUGACUGGGUCAACUGCAAAUGUCCCAGAUGCAAGGGCCCAGCGAGAAGGGAAACUGACACCAUGGACACAUUUGUGGACUCGGCCUGGUAUUAUUUUAGAUACACAGACCCUCACAAUGCAUACAGGCCUUUUGAGCGCCACUUGGCAGACCACUGGCUUCCUGUGGACGUGUACAUCGGAGGGAAGGAACACGCUGUUAUGCACUUGUACUAUGCUCGCUUCCUCUGUCAUUUCUGCAAGGAUCAGGGUCUUGUGGCUCACAGGGAACCUUUUCGGAAGCUCCUGGUCCAGGGUCUGAUCAAGGGCCAGACGUUUAAGCUUGCAGGCAGUGGCCAGUACCUAAAGAGAGAAGAAAUAAACUUCACAGAUAAGGAGCCAGUGGCUCUGAGUGGCGGUCGUGUUGAGGUGACGUGGGAGAAGAUGAGCAAGUCCAAACACAACGGGCUGGACCCCCAAGACGUGGUCCAGCAGUACGGCGUGGACACAGUACGACUAUACAUCCUCUAUGCGGCACCGCCUGAACAGGACAUCCUGUGGAAUGCUAAGACCGAUGCUCUUGCUGGCGUUCUGCGAUGGCAGUCUCGACUGUGGCAGCUGGUGACCAAGCUGAGAGCAGCACGGCAGCUCGGAGAUGUCCCCAACCCCAGACUGCUGAAAAAGAAAGAGCUCGCAGAGGCCAAAAAGAUCUGGGAGAACAAGAACUACGCAAUUCAAGAGGUGACGACUCACUUCACAGAGGACUUCCUUUUCAACGCAGCCAUAUCUCGCCUAAUGGGACUCACUAACACACUGAGCAGUGCAACAGUCAGGCUGUUGCAACACAGCGUGGAGUUUGAGGAAGCUCUGGCUGCCCUGGUUAUGAUGACAGCACCCAUGGCCCCUCACUUAGCUUCUGAGCUUUGGGCAGGUCUUUGCCAGGUGAAACAGCCCCUCAGCCCCAUCCUCCAACAUGGAGGGGAUGUCCUGCAGCAGUCCUGGCCGACUGUGGACCCAGAGUAUCUGGAGGUCCCUGACUUUGUGGAAUUGUCUGUACUGAUAAACAACAAGUCCUGUGGCAUGGUGACCGUCCCUGUGCAGGUGUCCAAAGAUACCAGCCGGGUACAGCAGCUGGUUCUCGAGAGCCCCGUCGGACAGAAGUUUCUGAGCGAACGCAACAUAAAGAGAGCCAUCUUGUCUCCCAGGACUGCUCUCAUCAACUUCCUUGUUGAUGAGUGACACUGGAUUGUUCACCAAUGCUUUUGAGACAGACAAAAGAGGUGGACUUUUUAAAAAUCUAUUUAAGAAAACGUGAAAGGCUGAACGUCAGUUUAGAUAAAAAUUCAAUAAUAUCCAUGUAAAUAUCUAUAUAGACAUUUUAUUUAUGUUUUCUAUUUUUAAUAAAAGAGCAACUGCAGGUUUCCAGUCUCUUUAAUGCAGCACCUAUCUUUUCUAAAUCAGACUCCCAAUUAUUCAGGACUUCACCUCCACCCAAAGACCACUUUAGAUUCCAGUCAUUGUUCACAUUCUCUACCUUAAGCAUCGCACCCACAGCUUCACACCUCUCAAUCUACCAGUGCACGUCUCAGCCAAGUCAUGCAGCUGUGAUUUGCCUUAUCAGCACUUGUGUGCACCUCCGGCCAUGUUUUUUUUUUGGCUGCACAGACAUAGACUGCCAUUUGGCUACUGGAUGUGGCGCUGCGUGAACCCUGGCCGGCUGGAGUUAACUGAAGGGCCUCGUGUGGUCGGGGGAUUUUUAACCUUGCCACCGCAUCAUUUGUUCUGCCCCUCAUGACCAACUGUGCCUAUUCAUCAGCUCUGUGUCUUGACGUUAGACCAACAUGACUCAGCCCUUAGCGCUGUCCUGGCAGAGCGCACACACCAGAGGCACUGAAAUCUAUCUGUGAACACGCCCACUGGCCUAUCUGGAAUGAGUAUGAGUAAGCAUUAACUUGAUAUAUAAAACCAUUUCUCUUCAGCAAGUUAUUGUGCCCACAUCUCCGAUUAGUUGAGUUUUUGAAAGCUAUAUGGGUAAUAGCUAAAGCGUUGCUAAGGACAUGCUUUUAAUUUGAUAGGAAUCAUAUUGGCCAGCUUGUAACUGAUAAAAUCAUUGCUUGCUGUAUAUAUUGUUUUUAGUUACUAUUGCUGAAUUUUUAAAAUGCGCAGACACACAAACAAAAAAAUGUUUCUUACUGACCCCCUCAAUCCUUUUCCCAUAUUUCUGUGCGUUAUCUCUCAGCAUCAGGUGACAGGAAGAGGCUCACGAGAGAGACAGAAUAACAGGAAGUGAAACCAGGAGUUAGAGGGGAGUAAAGAACUUUAACUCUGUUCGUUGUUUUUCUCAUUGUCUUAGAUUUACACAAUGGCUUGAUGCUGUCGCAACCCAAAACAAAGCGAGACAAAGAAACGGAGGCAUUUACCUUCACUGUGCUCAUCUCUUUAUCACACAUUCAAACUGUCUGUUUUAAAAUAGCCAUGAGAACCAGGAGGAGUUUGUUUUUAAUCCCCUGAUCUCUUCCUUUUUUACUCUUUUCACACCUUCAUUUACUUUUCUCACUGGUAACAGCAGCUAAUAAGCAUGUCUGAACUUGAGGUGGCCUCAAAAAUGGGCCCCGAGUUGCUGUUUCAUUAAAGAGAGCAACAGUGUAACUGUUGUUUAGAGCAGUCUGAGUGACAUGAUAGAAAAUCCUUCCUGGACUAAAGUUAGCCCCUUUGAAUAAAUUUGAUCUGAACUACAGUGAUGCAUUCAUUUUGUCACUUUCAGCUCAUGGCAUCAUUUAACACUUUUUGUCAUCUCUGCAGUUUCCAUGACGACGAGGAUCAUUGAAAAGGCAACAAUAAUCCACUAUGACUCACUUUCUCUUCAGAUCGCAGUCAUACCCUUUCUUACACAAGAACUGUACAGCAUGGAUUGUCUUUGAUGAGUUGAACUAAAUCACUCCUCUGCUUCUUGAGAAAUUCUGCUGGUGAGGCGGAUAAGGGUGGAGCAUGCAGCGGCGCAGUCCUGGUCGCCCUCCAUUGCAGCAGUCGAGUCCCUGGACUGGGGCUGUGUGUUCCCACAGGGGGACGUUGUAAUGCCACAGCUCAUUAUCUUGCAGGAUAUCUUCAGUUCAUCUGCUGUAGAUAGUUUCUAGACUGGACUUUUUUUUUUUGUCCUUCACCUGUCCAGUUUCCUCUAAUUUUUAAGGACACUGCACACCAUGCUGAGAUAUGUGAAGUUUACAACUAAUAACUUUCUGAAAAACACCUAGGGCUAAAGAAAUGAAAGCGAAACAGGCUAAUGUGUAGAACACAAUAUACAUCCCAUGAAUUAGGUGCUAUUUUUAUGCUUGAAUGAUUCACAGGUCAGUCUUGAGUGGCUUUAACAAACAAAACAAAAAAGAAAACGUUCAUCUGAAAAAGGUCGGGUACAAGGACUGGACUGAAAAUGAAAAGACUUUUAGAAAGCUUGAAGAAAUACUGCUCAAGACCACUUGGAAAAAUGAGAAAGUCUGGCUGCUUGGAAGUAAAAUGUAAAGAAAUGAGGAGAAAUGGUUUAAGAUAAUCCACUCUAGAUCAUGUUUGUCUUUUGUGAAUUUAAUAUAUUUACUGUGCCGGCUAUAUCCCUCUCUGUGCAGAGGAACAAUUACUCAGUUGUUUUGUUUUGUAUUGAAAGGAUCCAUGUAUAAUAUAAGUACAAACAAACCGAUGUCCUCACUGUAAAGCCAUCCAAGGCAGUAUCAUAAAGCACUGACCAGUG